AUGGCCUCGGGUUUCCCUCCACCAGCAGUCCGCGAAAUGGCCUUUGAAGUCUCCGCUCUCCUCAAAGAACGCUCCGAAACCGUUUGCGUGGCCGAAACAGCCGCCGGCGGUCUCAUCUCCGCCUCCCUGCUCUCUACUCCAGGCGCUUCGAAAAUCUACAAAGGCGGCUUGACGCUGUACACGCUUGAGUCACGCAUUGCGUUUGCGGGGUGGACUCAAGACCAUUUGAAGUCAUAUAAAGGCCCUACGGAGGAUGUGGUGAAGGGUUUGGCGGAGAAUGUGAGGGGGACGCUGAGCGCUACGUACUGCGUCUGUGAAAGUGGGACCGCAGGACCGACAGGAGGGAAUACGAGGAACCGGACCCCGGGCUACGUUGCGCUUGCGGUAGCGACGGAGAAAGCAACAUCUAUGAAAGAAGUUGAAACAGGAUUGGGAGGUGACAGAGAAGGAAACAUGGUUGCAUUUGCGGUCGAGGGAUUGAAGCUGUUGAGGGAUGUCAUCAAGGGCAACGCGAAGCUUUGA